AUGUCUGUUGAUACCCCAACACUACGUCGAAGGCCUCCUCCUCGUCCACCGAAAUCCCAAUACCUUCUUGAUAAGGAGGCAGAAAUACGUUUGAGUAAACAGGUUACCCAACGUCCACCCUCUACUGCUUACCCAAAAGGGAGAAAUCCCUUUGGUGAAAGCUCUGAUGAGGAAGAUUCAACUAAUAAUCAUAUCCCUCCUCAGCGUUCCUCAGUUCCGAAAAAUUUGAAUCCGUUUGAUGACCUUGUUUCCGAUACCGAACAAGAAAUUAACCCUACUGAGUCCGUUAUAGUUCCUGAAUUUCGACGAAAUUCUGAAAGUAAAGAACCUCACGAUAAUGGACCUGUUGAUGGUGAACCGAAUGUGAAUACAUCGAUUGAAAACACCACUUCCUCACCUAUUGGAGCUAUAAUUCGAGAAGCUGAACCUUUACCUCCCCCAAACCCUUUUGAUGGCUUUUCCGACGAAGAAGUAGUAGAAAAGGUUAAGGCCAUUAAUAUUUCAACACCUCAGAUUCAUUGCAAACGUCCCGCUCCAAAGCCCCCAGUAUUUGGGUCUUCUAAUGGCCUUUCAAGUGAUCAGUCGAUGCGUCUCUCCCUUCAAUCUAUGAAUGAGGCAUCAGCUUCCCCUCUUCCGAUCCAAAAAUCUCUCUCCGCAUCAAGUGAAAGUGUCCAAAGAUCCAAAGGACCAGCCCCACCGCUACCUGUUGGACAAAAGAGAGAAAUUCGUGCUGAAGGUUUCGUAAAGUACCACAGAUUGAGGCGAGAGAUUGAGGAUGCGAACGGGAAGCUGCUACAAAUUGACGAAGAAAUCACUGCUCUGAAUGAGAAAAUUGAACAAACCAAGGAUGAUGUGGCGAAGAGCAAGAAGUUCUCCAAGAAGAUGGCCAAGCUUGUGGAGAAACGGAAAGAUGUCUCCGUUAAACAUAAUCAACUUGUCAAUCGGGAAGAAGUGCUGUUUGGACGGUGGUUUAAGCUAAUAUUCAUGGCACUUGGUGAACCUAUCGAUCUAGAUGCGUUAUAUCUCCAUUUUUCGUGUGAAUUUCUAAAUGUCUAG